GUUUACAGGGAUUUGGCAAUGUUAGUCUUCACACCUGUCAUUAUCUUCACCGAGCAGGAGCUAAGUGUAUUGGGAUCAUGGAGAGAGAAGGAAAUCUCUUCAAUGCUGAUGGAAUUGAUCCUAAAGAAUUUGAGAACUACUGACUGGUACAAUGUGUAACUUUUUACAUGCAGAGUUCUCUAUAGUGUUUUUUUAUAAGUUUUAUUUUAAAAUUUUUUCAGCUAACAGUUGCAUAUUAGUUGUUUCCCUUUUUCUCCAGGACAAUAAUGGCUCAGUUAAAGGUUUCCCAGGUGCAAAGGUUUGUGAAAUACUGUGAAAAAAAUAACUGUCAGUAAUUUUUACCUUUAUGUAAGGUUUUGCUGAUUUUUCAUGGCUAAUUAACAUUUUUGUUAAGGUUUACUAACUCAAUUGUAGACAUUGAUUUUGAAAAAUAUUUACAGUCAUGCAAUGUUUCAGAUGACUGAGGAGAACCUUAAUUGUAGAAGCAGAAUGUGACAUAUUAGUUCCUGCAGCCAAUGAAAAACAAAUCACUCUUAAAAAUGCCCACAAUAACAAAGCAAAGGUACUCUGUCACUAGUAGUAUUUUUUUAUUUAAUUUUUGGGCUGUUAUUUGGUUGUUAGGUUUUCAAGCUUGGUUGCUCACUAGUAAGAAUGGUUAUCCCAGUUUGUAGGGGAAUGGGAAUCUAUAAUAAUUCGUCAGGGUUUCCUGACAUAUUUGGUGAUGUUUAUUUUUGGUUGACUUUUUAACUCCCAUGGGUGACAAUGACACAAUUUCUCCUUACAAUAUCAAGAAGACAAGUGAUGGGUAUAAAGAAAAAUAUAAAUUAGGUGAUUAUUAGUUGAUCCACUACCAAAUUCUCCAAAUUCUCUAAACUGACAUAAGAAUUGUAUGGUAGACAGUAGGGAGAAUUACUAAUGAGAUCUUGGGAGUGAAAUGGUUGAUAUAAUUUGCUUUUUUACAGUGCACAACAUAAAUGUUUCAGCCACUUAUAGAAUUCGUCCCACUCGAUCCAGAGAUUGCCAUGCUUACCGCUAGACCACCUUAAUCCUCUUACUUUGCAGUUGUUCAAUGCAUUAAUUUUAUUUUAUGCUACCUCAAUCUUCCCUCGUAACAGAAUUGUAAUAAAGAGCCCAAUUGCAUUGCUGUGAUGUCUUGUGUCCGCCAUGUUGGAUCCAUAAAGAAUAAAGAAAUAAGGCGUGAAGAAGAAGGAAGAAACACUCAACUGCGUCUCAUGUUUCUCCUUUGCUUCUUUCAUGCUCUGGCUGCUUCUUGCCUGCUCUACAACAGAACAGAACAUAGUCAAGACUUCUUUAUUUGUUAAAAGUAAUUACUAGUAAGACAACUUCACCUUUACGUGAAUAGUAGAAAGUGGAGACCAUCAGUUAAGUCUUUUUUUUCUUGAUUACUCUACUUUGUGUUUUCAGGUUAUUGCUGAGGGGGCAAAUGGGCCAACCACACCUGAGGCAGAGAAAGUUCUGAUUGAAAAUAAGAAACUCGUUAUUCCAGUAAGUUUAGAACGAAACAGCAAGUGCAAUCUGAAGUAAAUUUGGAUAUGAAGCUCUAACCUGUGUUUGUUUAUCGUAAUUAAUGUUUGCACCAGAGGCAUGGUUUGAGCUGAAAUGUUUUAUAUUGUGACCAUGUAGGACUUGUAUUUGAAUGCGGGAGGUGUGACGGUAUCCUAUUUUGAGUGGCUGAAGAACAUCAAUCAUGUCAGUUUUGGACGUUUAAUACAAGAAGGAGGAAAAUUUUAAUCUUUUAGGUGAGCUUGUCUUUUCACUAAGAAUACCUUAAAUGAUGGAUCUUCAUCAUUCAUUUUGUAUUUAUAGAUAAGCAAUUUUACUAUGGGUAUCAAGUUAUUUGAGAUAAUGUUGUCUUUGCCAUAUGAAAUAGUGAAAUAUGACUGAGAGCAUAAACUGCAGUUUCCUUUCAACCUCGAACUCCCAUCAUGACCAAUCUAAUUUUUUUUUGAACUGCAUAACUUUUUUUCUUCUUCUUCUUCUUUACUUGAUUAGCUACCAGAGUCAGCUCACCUUCAUAGGCAUUUUUAUUGUUAAACACUUUUGGUGACCUCUAUGUAUUGCUUAAAGUCAUCAUGGGUUUUGAAUGUCCCCUUAGAUAUAUAUGGAUUGUACCAGUGCUGUUAUUUAAUAAUCUCUUAGUGUUUCUGCGUGUUUGUCUCUUCUUCGACAGGUAGCGUCCAAGAAAGCCUGUAUAAUCAUUUCAAGGAAGCCAUUCCUAUCAUACCAUCGGCUGAGUUCUUGCAAAAGAUCGCUGUAAGCGUUGCUUUUUAUUUUUAGUUUAUUAAUACACACCACAGAGGUGGAUUGGGGAAGGGUUCGCCAACUCCACCGAUGAGCUACGGCUUUUUUAUAUCACUAGUAUCCUGCUAAAAUUUGUUUGCGUCCCCCUGUCACUUACAUUCUUCCUUAGUGGUGCACUCCCCUCCCUAGAAGAAUUCUGGAUCCUUCUCGGCACCCAGCAUACUCGAUUGAGCAGUGCGACUUUCAUUACAUUUUUUGCGACUCAGAUGCCUGCAACUCAAAUAAACCCCGCUUUUCUAGAUGUGAUGUUUAUUCAGGGAAACCACUUGUCGAUAUUUUUACUCUCCCGUACGUUGCUUAUUUGGGGGAUGGUGCUUCACUGAAGGCAGUGCCUUAUGAAGCACACGGUAAUUAUUUGUAAUUUCGUUUGAAUUCCCAACUGUCUGGUAAACCCUGAGCUGCAAGAUUUGUACAUGAUUUUCCAAUAAGAUUUGUUCUCUCCCAAAAUGUAACGGAGUCUUUUAAUUUUAAAGUUUUGUAAUCUUCUAGGGCGCGAAUGAAAAAGAUAUUGUUCAUUCUGGAUUGGAGUUCACCAUGGAACGAUCAGCUAAGGUAUUUCGUCACUGAUUCGAGGUUUUCUUCACGAAAUUACGUCCAUAUUAGUCCUUACCUUGGGUGCUGAGCCGUCAAAACAGGGCCCACGUUUGAUAUUUGGAAAACUGCGUCGAGUAUAUCACGUCAUAACAUACUGGUAGCAUUCCUGGUAAAUUAGUAAUAAGUAAAAAACAAAUUUCCCUUUUGGUCCGGUAAUAAUAAGCAGUUAUUGGAUGAGUUUGAGCAUGACAUUCUACACUUAAUGUAUGGUCCCGAGGGAAACAGUUAGUUUUGUUUUUCCUCGAGUCUUGAUGUUUCCCGAGAAGAAAUCGAGGAAGACAUCAGGACUCGAGGGAAAACAAAAGUAACUAAUUUCUUGUGGGACCAUACAUUAAGUGCUUUGUUAUAUAUUUAGACUUUCCCUUAAACAAUCAUGUGCUGUUGAAUUCGGGCGCCCGGGCAACAACUGCGCAAUUGUAUUCCGGUCGGGAUACAUUUGAAUUUGAUCAGGGGUACGUGACCAAGAAUCAACCAGUCACAGUUCUCGUUUUGUUGACUGAAAAUCAAGGUAUAUAACAACAUGAAUUAUCAAAACGGAGGUCUGAGUCAUCUGCCGAAACCGAAGGCUGAAGCAGACAAAACAAACUUGAGGUUUGGUAAUUGAUGAGAUUUUUCAAAAAUGUGUCAUAACGAUGAUGAUAACAUUAAUGGACCACUCACCCAAUGAAAAUUUAUAGGGCCAAUAUUGAACUUUGUCUUUUCUUGAAUGUGAAAUUUAACUGUGAUUUUUCUUUUCCUUUUUAGCAAAUUAGGCAUUGUGCUAAUGAGUACCAACUGGGUCUAGACAUAAGGACGGCUGCAUAUAUCGUGUCCAUGGAAAAAGUCUAUAACACAUACACUGUGGCUGAUUUCACAUUUACAUGAUCCUCCUGUGAAAAUUGACCAGUGAUUAAUUCUUAGAUAAUUUUCAUUUGGCUAAAUUUAUGAAUGAGCUUUACCAUGGAGGAUAUUUAUUGUAAAAGCAUCUACUGCAGCGGUCAUGCGUCCAUGAUGAUUGUGUGUCUUUGUAAACUGGAUGAAAUGAAUGACAACGUUUUGUUGCCUUUUCUGAAUUUUGAAUCACACAGCAGUCGCAUUCUUUGGUCAUAACUGUAAAACAACGACACUUGACAUAGCUGUAGCACUUUUUAGGUCACAGUUGUUUUUGAAACCGCAACAUUACGAAAGAAAUAGACAGUAAAAUGAGAAAAUGAGAAAAUGUUCCAUCAAUAAAUAACGAAAAGCUCUUGUCACUUUUAAUGGGCUUGAUUUGGGAUUUUCUUAGGAAACCUGCGAUCUUCUCUUUUUAUAAUUGAGAUCUUGUUUCGCCACAAUUUGAUGAGAACUAUAAGUUAAGAUUAUUUUACUGAGAAGUGAAAAAAAACCGCUCGUUUUAACUAUUUAUCUGAGGUGUUUUUUGUACUCCAGUUUUCUCCGUUAAAUUAAACUCGUCAUGGAGCGUGGUGCUUCUUGAUCGGUCUUUUUUGUAACCAUUUUGUUCUUCAGUGCACAGGCGUAAAGAAAUUCAAAACUCAAGCAUCUUUCAUAGCGUGCAUUUCCUUUUCUACUAUUGUGAGUUACUUAACGCUCUAUCUCCAACUAGUUAAUUUUAGUGUUCUUUUCUGUUGCACACGGCGUGCACGUGAACAGCAAAACGUGUACCUGCCCUAAUCUCUUGUUUAAUUUACUUUCUGUGUUCUGGGUAUCUCCCGAGGGGAUACCGAAAACACCAGCAUUCUGGGUACGGGUAUACCCAAAACGCUAUGACAUCAGCAGACUCAGUGAAACGUGGUCUUUUCGUGUCGCAAGCAAUAACGCCUUUGAAGGAUAUGGUUAAGCUUUACAUUUUGGACGGUCGCUUACUGAGGUUCGACUACGUCCGCGGAUUCAUAAUUUUGUUUAAUUUUAGUGGUAGUAGUAGGAUAAUUUGCAUGAUGUCAUUGUUUUUUCUGUUUUUGCACUCUUCUGGUUUAUUUCGUUUGCUUUGAUUUUCUUUUGUUUGCAUUUCUUUCUUUUAGUUUGUUCCUUUUCUAAUUCAUUGAUACAUUUAUUGGUCUUUUGUUGUAGAUGGAUCCACCUUCAUUGCGGUAUUUUUAAUCUGUACUGACCAUAGGGCUCAGCAUAUUUUUUCCGAACGCCUUCAUGAAUCUAUUAAGGAGAGGUUGGCAUCAAUUCCAGAUCAUGGGAAACUCGUGGUGAGCCCUCCUGGAUGGAAAAGUAUCGGCAAAAUUCCCGAAACCCUUCAUAUA